AUGGAUAAAUUUAUUGUAGAAAUAUCGAAAAAGUCAAGAAAGAGUUAUAUAGAAAAUAAGGCUGUCCUUUUUACAAUUGAUGGAUGUGGUCAGUCAUACUUUGACUGUGGCGUUAUUCCAGAAGUAUACGCAACUGUAGAUUUUGGAAUUUCAUCAAACGCUUCCCAAUGUUUUGACUUCAUGAGAAAGGUUCAAAAAGGAGGUCCACUAGUGAACUCAGAGUUAUAUCCCGGUUGGUUAACUCAUUGGCAAGAAUCAGAAUCUAUAGUAAAGUCCAUCGAUGUUGUAAAACAAAUGAAAGUUGCUCAACGAAUUAAACCAGUGAUCAGUGAUGUUCCUUUACCGUUUGAGGACUUAGAUAUUAACUGUGGUUUAGUAAUAUAUGAAACAACAUUAACAGAUGAUCAAAAAAAUGUUGAAAAUCCAGUAAACCUAACUGUGAACACGGUACAAGUGGGUACUAUGAAUUGGUUGAAAGCUAAUACUACAAUAAGCUUAAACAUUAACCGUACUGUUCAAAACCUAAGCAUUUUAAUUGAGAAUCAGGGAAGGAUUAAUUUUGGAGACUUCAUUGAAGAUAGGAAGGGAAUUUUUGAUCAAGUGAUUCUCGGAAAUAAAAUAUUAAGCCCUUGGGAAAUGACUGCAUAUCCUUUGAAUUAUACAUCAUGGAUUUCUUCAAUCAAAUCAGUUGAAAACAUCAACAGUGUUAAAUUACCAGCAUUUUAUAAAACACAGUUUACAUUACCAGUGUGUCAUUCUAUAAAACCAUCCAUUGACAAGCAAUAA